AUGGAAGCUCUUCUAUACCAAACUUUAUCUACAGACGAUAACGAACGAAAGAAGGCAGUGCAAUUGCUGGAGCGGCAUGGGACUGAAGACUAUUCGAACUAUGCAGUCAUCAUAUGCCACAUCAUCGCUAACUAUCAGCUGCAAGACAAUGUGAGAAUGUCUGCUGGCCUGGCAUUAAAGAACUCUUUAGCAGGGUCUCAUGCAUGUAUUGGAAUCCUCGCAGAUCAACGCACAAAACAUAUGAUAAAGACCAAUAUCCUACCACUGCUGGCAACAAAACCGAGAAGUGUAGCAAACAUCAUUAGCCAGUUGGUAGCCACUAUGGCCACAAUCGACUUACCACUGGGCGAAGCAGACGAUAUCAUUACGACACUGGUAGACAACAUUACACAAAGACACCGCCCAUCCAACGUCAAGCAAGUAGCUCUUCAGACAAUAGGUUACAUUUGCGAGUCCGUGCAACCGGAACUACUAUCAACAAAUCAAAAAAAUGCACUUUUGACAGCCAUCAUAGACGGAUCAAGGAGAGAGCAGCUAGAUGUAGAGGUCAAAAUAGCAGCUAUCAAAGCACUAUACAACUCGCUGGAAUUCAUUAGAGGCAAUUUCGAGAUUAGUGUGGAACGGGAUUUCAUCAUUAAAGUGAUAUGUGAUGCUGCUACACCCAAUGCAAGUUCGACAACUGAACUACAAGUAGCUGCGUACGAGUGCCUGAAUAAGGUGGCGGGUCUAUACUAUGAAAAGCUGGAAGACUACAUGACAAGCACGCUGUAUAAUUUAACACUGAACGGCAUGGCACAAACAUCAGAUCCCUCGGUUGUGCUACUCUCUAUCGAGUUCUGGUCGACCAUUUGUGAUAUCGAAGUUAUCAGAAAAAAGGAGAACACUGCUCUCAUGUUUUCUUUUGCUGACAAGUCGAUGAUUUCAAUCAUACCAACUUUGUGCAAACUGAUGAUCAAGGAACACGACAAGCCGGAGAGCGAUGAUGAAUGGGACAUUCCCAAAGCUGCAUGCAAUUGCCUAUCGUUAUUGGCGUCUUGCUGCAAAGACCUAGUGGUCCCCUCAUUAAUACAGUUCAUUGAAAAGAAUUUACUUACUACAGACCUUGUUGAUUGGAGCCAAAAAGAAGCAGCCAUCAUUGCAUUUGGAUCCAUACUCAACGGCCCCUCCAAAAUCAAGAUGAAGCCACUCAUUGAGCAAAUUCUGCCUACUAUUCUAGCUUGUGGCAAGGACCUGAAUAUGCACGUCAGGUUAGCCGCUGCGAGGACACUUACUGAAAUCAUCAAGGAAUCAUCUCAAAUGCUAGAUCAGCCUGCCACGCUACACAGCAUCAUGUCUGCUAUCAAGCGUGGGCUUGGUGAUUCCAGUCAGAAAGUGCGCCAUUCUGCUUGCAUUGGCAUCAUUCAUUGUGCAGAGAGACUUGGGCCCUCGCCAAACAAGCCCAUUGACACGGGCCCUAUUUCAGAAUACACACAUAGCAUCAUUACUUGUUUACUAGAAAACUCGAAAACAUUUGAUUUACAGGACGAUCCAUAUAUGCAAACAGUGUACGAAGCUAUUGCAGCAAUUGUCAAGCACAGUACAAAGGAUUGCGAUCAUGUGGUGGAACUUAUUACAGACAGCACAAUAGCACGAUUAGAGAUUUUAUACUUGGCAGAAACGCGGAUGUCAAAUGCCUUUUCAGUAAAUGAUGUGAUACCAUUGCAGUCGAGCUUGAUAGGCGUGCUCUUGAGUUGUAUUUACAGACUCUCGGUCAAGAUAUCGGUGUACUCUAAUCGCAUCAUGCGGCUAUUCUUUUCAAUGCUCCUGCUAUCGCAAAAAGAGUGCAACAAAUCGAUAAGUGUUCUGGUUGAGGAUGUUUACCUUCUGGCGUCUGCCAUGAUUAUCUCAAUAGGCUCUCAUUUUGAAUGCUUUGUCGAUGAGCUAGUGCCACAUAUAGCAAAUAUCAUGCUUCCAUCACCGAAUCAAGACUGCCAACUUUGCUCAAUCGGCAUAGGCAUUAUAAGCGACCUCUGUAGCACAAUACCAAGCAUGGCCAAACCUCAUGCACCACUAUUCGUACAGCUGCUACUAGACAACCUCAGCAACAACGAUUUACACAGAGACCUCAAGCCAGCAAGCCUUUCAUGCUUUGGCGAUGUUGCACAUGCUCUUGGACCUGAAUUUCUACCCUUUGUCAAUGCAUUAAUGAUGAUCAUACAGCAAGCUGGAAACUUGCAAGCGAAUCAGAAUGACCAGGACAUGGUUGUAUAUGUAGAUGCGAUACGAGUGGCUAUGAUAGAAGCAUUUGUAGGCACGCUGCAAGGGCUGGGACAAAACGCGUAUACUCGAAAUGUAUUUCUGCCUCAUGUCAACGGGUUCAUGUUGUUUGUCAACAGCCUUGUCAAGGAGAAUUCUCGUUCUGACGCGUUAAAUCAAGCCAUUCUAGGCCUAUUGGGGGAUGUAGCCAGGAUAUACGAAAGUCAAGUGCCUAGCUCCAUGCUGGAAUCUGUGCUUCAUGAUUUAAUGAUUGGCAAUCUGAAAGGUGGCAUUUACUUUUCGAAUCGAACCAAGGAGCUGGCUCAAUGGGCUCAAAAGAUCAUUACACCUCAUUAA